AUGAGUGGCAGGGCACAUCGGCACAACUUAUCCGAGCAAGGCGCGCUGCGAGGUUCCAUCGGUGAGAUCAACGCUGACACUCAAAUCGGUGACGACAGACAUCCUUUGCACGAAGCCACCGGAAUUGGGAAUGUUUUUGAGAUCGAAUACCAGCUUCAGGUUCUCAAUCAAACCCAGUGGAUUGAUGUGAAUGCUGUUACCACCCUAGAUUGCACACCUUUACACGUGGGUGCAAUGCGAGGCAAGAUUGACGCCAUGCAAGAGCUCAUUAAGAACGGAGCUACAGUUGACCUUAUUGUUAUGUAUCCAUACGGCCGUUACCUUAUGGGCUCGGUGCCUGUCUUGCAGAAUCGGCUUUUCGCGCUCCUUUUACGACAGCCAGCUGGAUGCGCAAUACAACAAGCCAGGAUACGGUGUACUACCUUGCAACGAGCCAUGCCCAGGUAUUGCCAAAAACGAUUGGAGAUUGGCUUGGAAGUCGUGCGAGCCAGGGCUCGUGCAUACAAGCUGCAUUCAGCCCAGUACAUGAGUAUUGUGGCAAGCUCGAGUUCUGCUAUGGCCGCGUCGGACUAUACACCUCUGAACACAUGUCUUUCGGGUACAAGUACAAAGUGGAACGGAAGAGUGAAAGAUGGGAAUGUUCUGACACAUUCCUCAAGAAAUUACAAGCACGCGUUGCUUACAUCGCGCAACUUGUUUCCUAGAGAGCCAGGAAAGUGA